GUUUGCUUGCGUGGACAAGCGCCGGCUGGGCCAGUGAGAGGGUUGUGACAGCCAGGGAAAUGAGGAGCAGUGACUGCGGGGCUACUGUGACCGAGGUACAAUGACAGCCAGGGGAACUGUGACCCAGGGGCGACUGCUUGUGAGGGGUCUGCGACCCCGGAGCAGUAAACGCGAGGGACUCUGACCUCGGAGAGCGCGAGGCAGAGGCUGCGACGGGACCAUGACCGAUUAAAAGAAAAUGGAUGCACAGAGUUCAGCUAAAGUCAAUUCGAGGAAGAGGAGAAAAGAGGCACCUGGCCCUAAUGGAGCAACAGAGGAAGAUGGCAUUCCUUCAAAAGUGCAGCACUGCUCAGUCGGCUUACGGCAGCCAGCUCCUUUUUCUGAUGAAAUUGAAGUUGACUUUAGUAAGCCCUAUGUCAGGGUAACGAUGGAAGAAGCCUGCAGAGGAACUCCUUGUGAGCGGCCUGUGAGAGUUUAUGCGGAUGGAAUAUUUGACUUAUUUCACUCCGGUCAUGCCCGGGCUCUGAUGCAAGCGAAGAACCUUUUCCCUAAUACCUACCUCAUUGUGGGAGUCUGCAGUGAUGAGCUAACGCACAACUUCAAGGGCUUCACUGUGAUGAACGAAAACGAGCGUUACGACGCCGUGCAGCACUGCCGCUACGUGGACGAGGUGGUGAGGAACGCCCCCUGGACACUGACACCUGAGUUCCUGGCCGAGCACCGGAUUGAUUUCGUAGCCCAUGACGAUAUCCCCUAUUCUUCUGCGGGGAGCGAUGACGUGUAUAAGCACAUCAAGGAAGCAGGCAUGUUUGCUCCAACACAGAGGACAGAAGGUAUCUCUACAUCAGACAUCAUCACCCGCAUUGUCCGUGACUAUGAUGUGUAUGCGAGACGGAACCUCCAAAGGGGCUAUACUGCCAAGGAGCUCAAUGUCAGCUUUAUCAACGAGAAGAAAUACCACUUGCAAGAACGGGUUGAUAAAGUAAAGAAGAAAGUGAAAGAUGUGGAAGAAAAAUCAAAAGAAUUUGUGCAGAAGGUGGAAGAAAAGAGCAUUGACCUCAUCCAGAAGUGGGAGGAGAAGUCCCGAGAGUUCAUUGGAAGUUUUCUGGAAAUGUUCGGUCCAGAAGGAGCACUGAAACACAUGCUGAAAGAGGGAAAAGGUCGGAUGCUGCAGGCCAUCAGUCCCAGGCAGAGUCCCAGCAGCAGCCCUACUCACGAACGCUCCCCCUCCCCCUCCUUCCGGUGGCCCUUCUCUGGCAAGACCUCCCCGUCUUCCUCCCCAGCAAGUCUCCCUAGGCGCAAGGCUGUGACCUGUGACAUCAGCGAGGAUGAAGAGGACUAACUUUUCAUCCUGUACCCUCUCCCUUCCCCUGCCCAUCACCUCCAGAAGCUCUCUGUCGAAUUCCAUUUUGUGAUCCCAACACUAAACCUAAGGACAUCUACAUAGAAAAGACAAAUGGGCAGGAGGACCUGGGAAUGGGGGACAAAACAGCCCGUGCCCCGAGCCCUGGUCAGCCACAUCGAGAAGCCUGCCAUGCAUCCAUCCUCCCUCCCCAGAACUUCGCUUUGCUGUUUAUGCUCAUGUAAUCUUGACAGGGAAAUUGACAUUUUUAUUAAUUUUUUAAAAAUUAGUCUUUCAAAUAUAGUAAGUAGAGCUAAUUUUUUGCCCCUGAGGAGUGGGCAGAAGAAGGAAGUGUGUAAUACCCAGAGGCCUUUCUUCCUGAUGCACUAGUGCUUGCCUUCCAUUCUGGAGCAAAGUGACUUUCCAGAUCCUUCCAACAGAGAGCCAUGCUGAUGGGUCAUUUGGUGAUACUAUUGCAAUUUCCACUUCCCUUAUUUAUCUAAAACCUGAAUUAGCUCCCAAUGCCCCGCGUGUCCUGCCGGCCCGUGCGUCAGCAUGGCUGUGGGAAGGAGGAGAUCUGAGCCUCACUUUUCUCGCUCCCUGAGGAGUUUCUUGUCGGACCCCAUGGGGUCCAUGCGGACACUGAUGGGGAUGCAACCAAACCAGAGAGCGUCAGGUGCAGUUUUUCUGCUGCGUUCAUCUCAGAAAAUCUGUUGCCCAACUAUUUGGGAGCUCUUGUCAAUCUCUUUCCUGCAACCUACAUGUCAAGGAAGAAGCCCUGAGGGAUGCUGGGACUGCAGAGGAGAGUGGGGUGAACGCAGUCUAGUGAAGGGCAGUUGUGGUUGAGUUUCUGUUGGGAAUACAUCCCUCGCCCUGCAGCUGCCAGUUCAGCACCAUGCCUGGCUUUAUACAAAGGAUGCUCUGUAAAUGUUUCACCUUGAACUUGGCCCGUUAAUCCAUGUUACUUAUUGCCAUAUUUAACACUUUGAGUUUUCACAGGUCAUGCAGCAAAAGCACUUUGAUCUCUAAAACACUUAUCAGGCUCUGUUCCUCUGAAGAAUGCUCUUGGGUUGAGUCAGUGUCCCAUCGAGACUCUCCCCUAAGAGCUGCACUUGGCAGGGACUUCCCCCACUGUCCCCUCUAAACUACUGAUACACAGAGGUCCAAGCCCCUAGCCCCCCCCGUGCUGGUACUUAUGCCUCCACUGCACCUGUUUGGUUUCCAGAGGAAACAGAGCUUGAAUUUCAAAUCAAAGAACGAUGAUUCUCAGCACUUGCUAUGGAGUAUGAGCUGAUGUUUUCAGUCUGCACUACAUGGCCCAGCAAGUUCGUCACUGUCAGUUAUCCUGUAGCUGGAUUUAGGGCACAAUUGUUUAUUCCAAGACCUGCUUGUCAUUACUCAUAAAUACCCCUUGUAGGGGUGGAACUUUAGUGUUUUCAGCAAAGAAAACCACAUUUUCUUUUUCCUUGUACCUCUGCUGGGACUGUGAGCACUUCACAGCCCUCCCUAGAUACUCUCCGGUGGAAGCUGUGCUAAGCCUCAGAGUCUGAGGCUAGCACCACGCAAUGUCUGCAUGACAGGACUCCCUAGGCUCCUAAACUGUCUUUCAGGCAGGCAGAGCAGAGGAGAGGGCCGGAGAGCCACAUCUGGGUGUCUCAAUAGCCUGUGGGAACACCAUUCCUAACUUAUCGUGAAGUGCUGUUACCACUCAGAUCUGAUUCCUAUGGCCUUGGCCUGGAACCCUUUCUAGAACCUGUUGAAAUUAGUGUUUUCCAUGUCAUGUAGCGCUGCCCAGCUCCCUUUACCCUUCCUACUCUGGUCUUCUCUUCGGUGAUCCGUGUUCCUCUCUGCCUUAUUCUCCCAGGUACACACAGGCGAUGACGUCAGUACCUACUUGCCUGCUUGUUCUCUCAGUGCAUAUCCCCAAGCUAGCCCUGUGGAAAUGGAGAGGGUCUCAAACCUCAGAGCCUGGGCUGAGAAGAUGUGUACCAUAGCUAGGACUAGCCUACACUCGUGUCCUCGGAAUGUCCCUCACCCUUUCCUGUCUUCUAACACUCAUAUCCUCAGAUAACUUAGACAUGAAGCAGAAAUGCUGAGGGUAUGGCAGCAUGCUAGGUACCUGAGGGUCAGUGUCCUAGGUGCUAGAAAAAGGUGCUGUUGGGAUGCUGAACUGUCGGCCACCUGUACCUAGUUAAAUGUGGCCAAGCAUUUGGAUGUCCUUUCUGACCAAUCUGUACCUCUUCCUGUGCAACCUCAGCUGAGGAACCUUUCCCUGAGACCACAUACAAAUCAGGCAGCAUGGAAGGGUGCAGCGGCAAGGGUGGGAGAGCGUAAGUGUUGGGCCUCGCAGCCUCUAUGCCGUAGGGAGUGGCUGCUGACCGGAGUCUAUCUGGUGCUGGGAAGAGGCCAGUAUAGCAGUUAGCCUGGACGUGGGCUGGACAGGAAUGUUGCCCUUCUCAUAUACCAGGCUGAAGACUGGAGAAUAGAAGUUGCCACAGAGAGAAAGCAGAAAUAGAUCGCUAGUGCCCACAGCAGCUGCUCCUGAGAGCUAAGCCAAAGACCCUCUGUAGACUUGAGGGGACUGGGAGUGUACAAAGGCUGAAAAUCCUGAGCAGAGAGAUGGGGAGCUCUUUUCGGGUCCCUUUCUCAGUAGUACCGCAGUUGUUAUCACAAGUGGCCGCACAUCUGGCCAGUCAUCUGGGAAAACCCUCCACAGUGGCUCGUGCCAGUUCUUCGUCGCGUCCGCAGCGCGUGCUCACUCAUGUAGUUCACAUCCCGGAGCCUGCCGUCUUUGAGAUCUGUUCCUUAUCAGCUUUCAGUCCUUUCUCAGAUCAGUUCUGUUUCCCUGCUUGGUUUGAUCCCCUAAAGCCUUAGCUUCUACAUUUCUGUCAGCGUACAUGUGCCGAAACUGAACCCACACAGGGUUCAAAGGAAGCUUCCCCAGCGAUGUUUUAAAAACUAAUGGUAUUUUUUUUAAGCUUACCAAUAUAAGUAUUUUUAAAGGUUGUAUUUUUCGAAGUCAUAACAAUGAUUGUUUUCUCUCACAAAAUAGAUUAUCAUGGGAUAAAGAAUGGUCCCUAGCUUCUAUUUUUCAGAAUAAAUAAGUACAACAUGUUCUUGGACUUUAAUAUUAUUAAAGGUUAAUUCUCCUGAAAGAAAAAGAAAAAUAGUCUGUCUGCCAGAAUGUUUUGUUGGUACGAGAUUGGGGUAGAGAACAGGAAUGGCAGGAUUAACAUUCGGGUGGCCCAGGUCGGGUUCUGCUAGGUUGAAGUGGGCACCUCCCACCGUCUUGGGGGAACUGUUUUAAACAGUGAGAGCUGACUGCGUAGGUGUUUAGCAUCUAGAUUCCUGAACAGGAGACACUGUUGGAAAGACUCACCUGUGCCGCGAACACCUGCCCAUCACUGUGGGAGUCAAGGGGAGUUUUUGCCUCAGAGUUCAAUGUAUCGCUUUCCUGUCUAAUUUGUUCAGAGUUAUUUUGGCUUUUGUCAUUUAGCCAAAUAAAGGCCAUGUGGUUUUGCCUGGUA